GUGAAUAUUUUAAACAUUCUAUAUUAGCCUAAACUUAAUUAAAUAAAAAACAAGCUGUCCAGGGAUUUGCAUAAUUGCAUUGAAGCUUCAUGAUAGGACAAAACUACUGACUGAAAUUAUUAUUAUUUCAUUCAUAUCACAUGGAAUAUUAUCAAUUAGCAGAAGCAUUAUUUUUAAUUAAUUUAGGUGAUGUGCAAAUUAAUUUGUAUAUAUGUGUAUCUUUAACUUUGACAAGGUAGAUUUAACUUAAAAUCUGAGAUUUAGACAAAAGCAUAAGAAAAAUGGGAGUGAUGAAGAUCAACACAAAUGAAGCAGAGUAUGAAAGAAUGGCUGAACUACAAGCCUUUGAUAAGACGAAAGCCGGUGUUAAGGGACUAGUCGAUGCAGGUAUAACCAAAGUACCAAGAAUGUUUGUACAACCAUCAAAGAUUGAAGAUUUGAGAAGUCACAACAACAACAAGUUCAUCAAGUUUCCAAUAAUUGAUCUUGAUGGCAUCAUGGAAGAUCCGAUCAAACGAAAGAACAUAGUCCAAGAAGUUGGCCAUGCAUCCGAGAGUUGGGGUUUCUUUCAAGUGAUCAAUCAUGGGAUUCCUAGUCAUGUUAUGGAUGCAAUGAAAGACGGUGUUACCAGGUUCUUUGAGCAAGAUACUGAGGUGAAGAGGCAGUGGUAUACGCGAGACUUGACAAAAGAGUUCACAUUUAACAGCAAUUUUGAUCUGUUUAGAGCACCAGUAACCAACUGGAGGGACACUUUUCGUGCCACUAUAGCUCCUAUACCUCCAAAGCCCGAACAACUUCCUUCUGUCUGCAGGGAUAUUCUCCUUGAGUACACGAACCAAGUGAUGACAUUAGGUGACACUCUAUUUGAACUAGUGUCCGAGGCUAUUGGCCUAGAACCAAAUCACCUCAAGGAUAUGGGUUGUGCAGAGGGGCUUCUUGCUAUAGGCCAAUAUUAUCCAGCAUGUCCACAACCUGAACUUACUCUAGGCACCAGUAAGCAUGCUGACAACGACUUCCUCACCGUGCUUCUCCAAGACAACAUAGGCGGUCUCCAAGUCCUACAUCAGAACCAUUGGGUAGAUGUUCCCCCUACUCCCGGAGCACUCGUGGUCAAUAUAGGAGAUCUUCUACAGGAGAGAAAUCUAUACAAAUUCUAA